AUGAUUGAAUUAGAUACUAGUAUCACUUCGAUUAGCCAGUAUUCGCCACAAGAUGCUACAACAAAUCCUACAUUUCUAUUAGAAGCUGCCAAAAUGCCAGAGUAUGACUAUAUUAUUAAUGAAGCAGUUCAGUAUGGUAAUAGUCAAGCAAGAUUCUUUUCUAGUGGAGUCACUGCAGCCUUGGAUAAGUUGUUUGUCAGCUUCGGAAUUGAAAUCCUAAAGACAGUUCCUGGAAGAGUUUCAACUCAAAUAGAUGCUCGCCUGUCGUUUGAUGUUGAAGGAAUUGUGGCCCAGGGAAAGAAUUUCAUCUCAUUAUAUGAAGCUGCUGGUGUUUCACGAGAUAGAGUCUUGAUAAAGAUAGCAUCAACAUGGGAGGGGGUGCUGGCAGCCAGGCAACUGGAAGCAGAAGGGAUACACUGCAAAAUGUCGCUUCUCUUUUCCUUUGCUCAGGCAGUAGCAUGUGCAGAAGCAGGCGUGGCUGUCAUUUCACCAUUUGUUGGUCGUAUCUAUGACUGGUAUGCUAAGAAUACUGGUCAAAAGAAAUAUGCCCUUCUGGAGGAUCCAGGUGUAAAGCACGUCACAAAGAUUUUCAACUACUACAAACAACAUGGUUAUAAAACUGAGGUUAUGGCCGCAUCUUUCCGCAACACGAACCAAAUCAAAGCUUUGGCUGGUUGUGAUCUUAUAACCAUUGCACCAGAGCUGUUACAGCAAUUGCAAAGUGAUCAUACAGAUGUUCCAAAACAGCUUUCAACUGAAAAUGCAGCGCUUACAAAUGGACCAAAGGUACAGAACAAUAUUACAGAAUAAUCUUAUUAUAAAGG